AUGCCGCGCAGUCGCCCUGCUACGACAGGCUAUGAGCGCCUUGCCCAAGCCGACCAGUUCAGCGACGAUUCCGAAGACGAGGGCGCUCUCGGCCAGAGCUUUGCCUCCCUGCAACCGCAGACAGCGCCCAGACAUGCGACUGCCACGCAACCUCGCCCUCAUUCGGGCAUGGCCUCCCCGGAGGCGUCGAAGCACAAGCAUCGCCCAAGGAGAGCAAGGACCAACUCGGGUGUCGACUUGAAGGCCAUCAAUGCCCGCUUGGAGAAAUGGGCCGAGGAGAUCGCGUCCAAGUUCAAGAGAGGGAAGGGCAAGGGCAAGUCGGAUGAGGAAGAACCGCUCGAAAUCCAUUACAGUGUCUUUCAAGCUCCCGAUGGUGUCCGGCCAGUGACUGCCGAGGGCCUGGCGGCAACAGCUCACGAUACGGCAAUGUCCCCGGUCGAGUUUGAGGAGAUUGUCGAAAGCGUGAGGACGGCCAUUGACCAGGGCAUGCAUCCUAGCAUGAUUACUCAAGGCAGCUCAGGAAGCUACUUUGCCCGCAAUACCGAUGGCAAGAUUGUGGGCGUCUUCAAACCCAAGGACGAGGAACCAUACGCGGCCGGCAACCCGAAGUGGAACAAAUGGAUCCAUCGAAAUCUUUUCCCCUGCUGCUUUGGGAGGGCAUGUCUCAUUCCCAACCUGUCGUACGUGAGCGAGGCUGCUGCGUAUACCCUCGACUGUCAACUCAGAACCAACAUGGUGCCGUACACGGAUGUCGUCUGGCUUUCUUCCAAGUCGUUCCACUAUCCUUACUGGGAUCGCAGAAACUUCUACCGGAAGAAGAAGCCAUUUCCUGCCAAGCCUGGCAGUUUCCAGGUCUUCUUGAAAGGCUUCAAAGACGCCAACGUCUUCUUAAAGCAGCAUCCUUGGCCGGACCAGUACUGGUCUGGGCUACGAUCCGGCGAUACCCAUCGCAACAAGCAAAAGAAAUGGGCGGACAACUGCAGGCCGUCCAGCAGACGUGUCAACGAUGGUGAGAGUGACGAAGAGUACGACGCCCCGGAGCCCCGGCCCCUUGGUCCCGACAACUUCGUCUGGACUGAAAACCUCAAACAGUCUUUCCGAGAGGAGCUUGAGAAACUUGUCAUUCUUGAUUACAUCAUGCGAAAUACGGACAGGGGCCUGGAUAAUUGGAUGGUCAAGGUUGAUUGGGAAACCCAGGCAGUGUCUAUUGCCUCUGAGCCUCUACAAUUCAACGUGGAUGUUGGUGACGGGGAGGAUCAGCCAGCACGCCCAGUGAACCUGAUGGAGAGGAGCGAUUCCCGCAGUCCACGUUUGGAUCCGUACAAAGCACAGAAACCUAUGAAUGCAAGUGGAGCGGCAAACAUUCAGGAGCCCAAGAUGACCAUAGGGGCCAUAGACAACUCCUUAUCGUGGCCUUGGAAGCACCCGGACGCUUGGCGAAGCUUCCCCUUCGGAUGGCUCUUCUUACCUGUCGAUUUGAUCGGGCGUCCUUUCUCUCAAAAGACGCGAGACCACUUCCUCCCGCUCUUGACUUCUCCUGAAUGGUGGAGCCAGACCCAAUUGGCUCUCCGGAAGGUAUUCCGCAUCGAUCCCGACUUUCAGGAGAAGAUGUUCUCGCGCCAGAUGGCUGUCAUGAAAGGCCAGGCUUGGAACGUGGUCGAAACUCUAAAGACUCCUGAUCACGGCCCACUGGAGCUCACGCGCCGGACUAGAGUUUGUGUUUGGGACGAUCUUGUUGAUGUACCUGUGGCAGUCCCUAUGAGGGUAGCAAGCGCCGAGAUGCGCCGCAAGGCCGAGCCAGAACUACAAGAUGCUAUCCAAGAAGAAAUGGAUAUUGGUGCCAUCAAUUCAUCUAGCGCACCUACGAACCAAACAGACGAUCUAUUGGGCUUUGCUAGUCCCUUGCCAAAUCCAGGCCGUUUCGAGUUGUCGACUCCGAGAGCACAGUCCCCAGAUGAGACGCAGAACUCACCAAACGGCAAGACAAUGAAUCCGUUCGAUGAACUCAAUGCGGACCCGUCACAGGGCUCAACACCACGACCAAGGUUUUCGCGCAAUGCCCCACGCGCAAGCUAUCAAGGGCCAUCAAGACCUUCUGCCCAUAUGCACACGCCACAACGCGAACGGCGUUUCAGUCAUGCCGCUGGAGCUGGGCGUCGAGGCAGUAACUCGAUCGCGCAGCAGAUGUAUGGCGACUAUAUUGGAGUGGAUGAUGAUAUGGACGGCGACCUGGGCUACGCGGCUGCCGAGGGCAUGGAGGGAAACAGGAGGAAGGUGAUCGUUGAACGCUUAGAGACUGUAAAGGCUAGGAAUCCUGUGUUCACUUGCUGGUAG